AUGGGAACCAAGAACAACGUGACUGAAUUUGUGUUGUUCGGCCUUUUCCAGAGCAGGGAGAUGCAGCAUGUGUGCUUCGUGGUCUUCUCCCUCUUCCAUGUACUCACUAUCCUGGGGAACCUUCUGGUCAUCAUCACCAUCAAUGCAAGCAAGACCCUGAAGGCUCCCAUGUAUUUCUUCCUCAGCCACCUCUCUUUUGCCGACAUGUGCUAUCCAUCUGCUACCACACCCAAGAUGAUCGCAGACACUUUUGUGGAGCGUAAGACCAUCUCCUUCAAUGGCUGCAUGACCCAGCUCUUUUCUGCCCACUUCUUUGGUGGCACUGAGAUAUUCCUCCUCACAGCCAUGGCCUAUGACCGCUAUGUGGCCAUCUGUAGGCCCCUGCACUACACAACCAUCAUGGGUCAGUGGAAGUGUGGCUUGCUGGCCGGGGCCUCCUGGGUGGCUGGCUUCCUGCAUUCCAUCCUACAGACACUCCUGACAGUCCAGCUGCCCUUUUGUGGGCCCAAUGAGAUUGACAACUUCUUCUGUGAUGUUCAUCCCUUGCUGAAGCUGGCCUGUGCAGACACCUAUGUGGUGGGGUUCAUUGUGGUGGCCAACAGUGGCAUGAUCUCUUUGGUGUCCUUUAUCAUUCUUAUCAUCUCCUAUGUGGUCAUCUUAUUGAACCUGAGACACCAGUCAUCUGAGGGCCGGCGCAAGGCUCUGUCCACAUGUGGCUCACACAUCAUCACGGUCAUUUUGGUCCUCGUGCCCCCCAUGUUCAUGUACAUUCGUCCCUCCACCACCCUGGCUGCUGACAAACUUGUCAUCCUCUUUAACAUCGUCAUGCCACCUUUGCUGAACCCUCUGAUCUACACGUUGAGGAAUAAUGAGGUGAAAAAUGCCAUGAGGAAACUGUUUAGGGUACAAGGGAGUACAGGGGAGAAGUGACAGUCCAGGGAAUCUCCUUCAGCCUGGAACUUGGGAGACUUCCCAUCUUGUAGCAUCUCCAAUUUAAUGCUUGU